AUGGACGAUGGGCACACAUGCCCGCUCCCGCUGGCCAUAUUCAUACUGCCGCCUCGUCCGCCUUCGGCCGUCCUCAUCCCUUCGUUCCCCGCCGUCGGCACCCGCAUCCGCUGGCCAUUCAUAUCCCUCCCCUGGCCUCCGCCUCAUCCCUUCCCCAGUGGCAACCCUCGCAAUCCCGCUGGCGAUUCAUCCCCGUCCUUGGCCGCCUCAUCCCUUCUUCCCCCGUGGACCCGCAUCCGUGGGCCAUCAUCCCCAUCCUCUCUUGGCGCCGCGCUCAUCCCCUCUUUCCCCCGUGGCACCCCGCAGAGCCCCGCUGCCAUCAUGCCCCGCCCCUUGGCCCGCCUCAUCCCCCUUCCCACGGUGCACCGCGCAUCCGCCUGGCCCAUAGUCACAGUAUCCCCGUCCCUUGGUCCGCCCUUCAUCGCCUCCCCCCGUGGCAAUAUCCCCGCGAUCCCGCUGGCCAUUUACAGCAUUCCCGAUCGCCUUGGCCCCGCCUCAUCCUUUCCCCCGUGGCAGCCCCCCCGCCCCUCGCGGCCCGCACUCUGGCCAUCCAUUCUCUGGCCUAGGCCGAGCCCCGAGCCACCUAUUCAACCCACGCCCCCCCCCCCAUCCCGCUGGCCAUCCCAGCAGUCUCUGCUAGCCCAGCCUGGUCUCUUUCCCCCGAGCCUCCUAUCCCGAUCCGCGCCCCGCACACCUGCAUCCCGCUGGCCGCCCAUGCGCUUCCCCGCAUCAGGUGAGGCACCUGUUCUGUCGCCCUCGCGCCCCGCCGCCCGCAACACCACCGACAGGAGGAUAACUGCGUCACAGGAACUGACCUUUUAA